AAUGCUUGAAUAAAAGCCCAAAAUCCGAUACAUUAUCGCAGCGUCUAAACUUAAACAUCAUCGGAGCUGAAAAGCCUGAAGGCAUGGCCACCACAACAAAGUUGGUGACACUAGCUCUUUUGUGGGUCCUGAUUUUGUUCGGAACCCUAGCUAUCAUCCAGAAUAGAUUAAGCGAUGCCGGAGCCUCAUCUGAGCAAAUUGUUACCAGAAGUCAGCGCCAGGAGGAGAAGAAGUUGGAGGAGCUGGAAGAAGUUACCAAUAAAGUUUUCUUUGAUAUUGAAAUUGGUGGAAAACAUAUGGGUCGCAUAGUCAUUGGCCUCUUUGGUAAUACAGUUCCUAAGACUGUAGACAACUUUCGAGCUCUUUGCACUGGGGAGAAAGGAAAUGGAAAAAGUGGGAAGCCUCUUCAUUACAAAGGGAGCACAUUCCAUAGAAUCAUUCCGAGCUUUAUGAUACAGGGAGGUGAUUUUACUCGUGGUGAUGGGAGAGGUGGGGAGUCGAUCUAUGGCGAGAAGUUUGCUGAUGAGAACUUUAAACUAAAGCACACCGGGCCAGGAAAUCUGUCAAUGGCAAAUGCUGGACCAGACACCAACGGAUCUCAAUUCUUCAUUACCACAGUCGAAACUAGUUGGUUGGAUGGGCGCCAUGUUGUAUUUGGCAAAGUGCUUUCUGGAAUGGAUAUUGUCUACAAGAUUGAAGGGGAAGGAAGACAGAAUGGCGUGCCCAAAAGCGAGGUUGUCAUUUCAGACAGUGGUGAACUUACCGUGUGACCGCCCUAUUUAUCUCAUUUUUAACAUAUAAAUGCUAACUGUCAAGAAUGGUGCUCUGCGCCGUCUCUCUUCUCUGUAAAAUGACUUUAUUUUAUUGGUUUCCCUCUCCUAGGAACUCAGUGCAUUUCAAAAAUAGACCUAGGUUGCAUGUUACCGUUGCGUUAAUUUUAAGGUAAUUCCGGUUCCCGUC